AGGAGGAGGAGGGGGGGUGGCCCUAACGCGCGCCCCCGUCGGCCGUGUAUGAAUAUUUGAGUGGAUGUAUCGGUUUGUAUUCGCUCAGUGCGUUUGUUACAGUGGGGAGAGAGAGAGAGCGCGGAGACGGCGAGCAAGUAGCGGCACAGCAGCGGCGGCGGCGGCAGCAGCAUCAAUGCAUCUGUGCAUCUUAAAAUCGUACCGCCUGUCUAUAGCUGCCACUCCACUCCACAAAAUUCCCUUCUGAGGUCUCACAGCGAGGGGGACACCUCGGGGAUCUUCCUCAUCUCCCGGCGCAGGAGAAGCAGCAGCACACCGCCUCUGUUUGGGUUGCCUCGCAAGAGAGAGAGAAUUCCUGCACUACAGUUACAUCUUUCGACCCCCCCUCCCUCUCUGUUUCUUGAAUUUUUAAUGGAAAAUGGCGAUCUGCGCUCAGUCCUGCAGCAUCUUCUGCUUCGUCUCCGUCCCAACUGUCCUGAUUUUCAGCGUCUCCUCGCCGGGAGCGGAGAGCUUCAUCUUUCCUCAGCAGUACACAAUGAUGCACUGGGCAGGACGCAUCGAGCAAGAGAUCGACAGAGUCCUGCAGCUGGUCAGCGGAGCCCAGCAGAUGAAAGGGAUCUACAGCGAGAAGAGAAACCAGUUUGACAUCAGGAAGAACUCCCCCAAGGAGCUCGUGGAGAAGGUGGCGUCCAACAUCGAGAAGCUGCUGGCGAAGAAACGGAAGGCCCUGGAGAGGCUGACCAGGGAGGCCGAGAAGCUGCAGAAGGAAAACCCCUGGAAGGACAACAUCAAGGAAAGCGACAUUGAGUACUACGAUUCCAAGGCCGAAUCAGAAUAUGACUCCCGCUCCACAGCGGCGCAGAUGCAUGGAUCCAAACCGGCAUCACGCCCGCAACAGCGUGCCAUCGCAGACUCGGGCGCCCAGGAACAAGCGGGCUGCGGCGGCGCGGACGAGGCAGAAACCAGCCCCUGUCCGGGCGGCGCGCGCGAGUUCACGGGCCGCAGAGGGGCCUGUCUCUUUCGGACGGGGGGCGGGGGGGGCAGCCGUGUGAGCUCCGCCCCUGCGGUGGGGGGGGCGGGGAACUGGCAGCUACAGCAGCCCAAAGUAUCUUUCUCCCAAAUCCUCAUGACCUCCAUGACACACCCUGGAGCUGCCACAGUUUCGUUUUCCACAGCUCCUGGACUCGCGACAUGUGGGCCAAACGGUCAGACGGAGAUGCCGAUUGUGUUACGUGGUGCCGCCGCUGCACAACAUCUUGUAACAACCUGCGAAACUCCCCGGGAAGCUCUCCAGCUCUUGCGAGCCACAGUGAUCCUGAACGAGCUGAACUGGACCCAGGCCCUGGAGAAGGUGUUCAUCGAGAACCGCAACGAGGACCCCUCCCUGCUCUGGCAGGUGUUUGGCAGUGCCACCGGCGUCACCAGGUACUACCCAGCAACGCCAUGGAGGGCUCCCAAUAAGAUCGACCUGUACGACGUCCGAAGGCGACCCUGGUACAUCCAAGGGGCGUCGUCUCCAAAGGACAUGGUGAUCAUUGUAGACGUGAGCGGCAGCGUCAGUGGGCUGACCCUGAAGCUGAUGAAGACCUCCGUCACGGAGAUGCUGGACACCCUCUCUGAUGACGAUUACGUCAACGUGGCAUCCUUCAGUGAGAAGGCCAAGGGGGUGGUGCCUUGCUUCGGACACCUGGUGCAGGCCAACGUGCGCAACAAGAAGGUCUUCAAGGAGUACGUGCAGAACAUGACAGCCAAGGGCACAACGGACUACAAGUCAGGCUUCCACUUCGCUUUCGACCAGCUCCUCAACAACACCAACAUCCCGCGCGCCAACUGCAACAAGAUGAUCAUGAUGUUCACGGACGGAGGGGAGGACCGGGCCCAAGACAUCUUCGAGAAGUACAACUGGCCCAACAAGACGGUGAUUGUCAGCAAUAAAGGAGUCCAAAAGGCGCUGGUGGGGGCGCACCGCAGUCUGUGCAUGCCUUCGCCAGAAGCUGAACCCCGCCCGAGAGCCGUUAAAACAGCACCCGUCCUGGCCAGCACCUACCAGGCCAUACGACCUGUUGGCAGCGACCCAGGCAGCGAUCCCCGGCGCGCUCAAGGGCCUUUAGAGAACAUCUCUGUUAGCUGUCUCUUCCCCUGGGGCUCCGCCGGUGGGCUGAGCAGAGAGCCGAGGCGUGCCCUCUUCCUUCCUGGCCUGGGCCGGUCUGGACAAGUGGUCAGCGUGGGGGCUGUCUGCCCUGGAAGUACAGAUCGAUCCUGGGCCAGGGUGAAUGAACUGACGCUCCACGAUGUCCUGCUGAAGCCGUGUGAGUCAGACACUGUGUCUUCGGUCACGCCCGUGAGCCAGACACCUGUGCAUUGCCGCAGGAAUUCUGGAGGACAAUGCUACUACUUCGAAAUCCCGUCCAUCGGAGCCAUCCGGAUCAACACACAGGAGUACCUGGAUGUGCUGGGACGUCCCAUGGUGCUGGCGGGGAACAAAGCAAAGCAGGUCCAGUGGACCAACGUCUACCAGGACGCCUUGGGUCUGGGGCUGGUGGUGACCGGGACGAUGCCCGUCUUCAACCUGACCGUGGAAGGCAAGUCGCAGAACCAGCUGAUCCUGGGCGUGAUGGGCGUGGACAUCCCUCUGAACGACAUCAAGAAGCUGACUCCGCGCUACAACCUGGGAGCCAAUGGGUACAUUUUUGCCAUUGAUCCAAAUGGCUACGUGCUCCUACACCCUAAUCUGCAGCCCAAGAUCAUUAACUUCCGAGAGCCGGUCACCCUGGAUUUCCUGGACGCGGAGCUGGAGGACAAGAACAAGGAGGAGAUCCGGAGAAAGAUGAUCGACGGGCACUCAGGGCAGAAGAGGAUCACCACGCUCAUCAAGUCCGUGGACGAGAGGUACAUCGAUGAGGCUGUACGGACGUACACCUGGACACCUGUCAAUGGCACAGACUACAGCCUGGGCUUGGUGUUGCCUCCCUACAGCGAAUACUACAUCCGCGCCAACGUGAGCGACCAGAUCCUGCAGGUGCAGUUGCAAAACAUCUUUAACAAGGAUUUUGAAUCUCUGCAGCCAGACAGUUUUGAGUCCGAAGGACACGUUUUCAUUGCUCCCAGGGAAUACUGCAAGGAUCUGCAGAUCUCCGAUGACAACACCGAAUUCCUGGAAAACUUCAUCGCCCUCAUAGAGAAGGUCACUCCGGACUCCAAGCAGUGCGACAACUUUCUUCUGCACAACCUGAUCCUGGACACUGGGAUCAUCAGGCAGCUGGUCAACAAGGUGUGGAAAAACUGGGAUCUGAACACGUACGGCUUCCUGGCUCUCUUCGCUGCCACGGAUGGAGGAAUCACGCGCGUCUUCCCUAACAGGGCUGCAGAGACCUGGGACGAAGACCUCGAGCCCUUCAACGCCAGCUACUACCGCCGCAGUCUGGACAACAAGGGCUACAUCUUCAAAGCGCCCUACAGGGACGCUGGCUACAAGUCCAUGUUUGCCGAAAACGACACCAUAGAAAUCCUGGUCAGUACCGCGGUAGAGGUCAACAUCGGUGGGAAGGUCCUCAAACCAGCAGUGGUGGGAGGGAAGCUGGACCUGGAGGCCUGGGUUGACAAAUUCAAGAUCCUGGCCAGCAACCAGUCAGACGGCCGACAGAGCGCACGCAAGUGCGGACUCUCCAGCAGCUGUGAGAUGGACUGUGAAGUCAACAGCGACGACCUGCUGUGUGUUCUGAUUGACGAUGGGGGGUUCCUGGUCAUGUCCAAUCAGAGGGAGCACUGGAGCAAGAUCGGGAUGUUCUUCAGCGAGGUGGACUACGCCCUGAUGCAUGCCCUCUACAACAACUCCUUCUACAACAGGAAGGAGUCCUUCGACUACCAGUCCGUCUGCGCCCCCACCCCCAACAGCAACACCGGUGCGGCACCCAGAGGCGUCUUCGUGCCCACGGUGGCAGAUUUCCUCAGUCUGGCCUGGUGGACCACAGCUGCUGCCUGGUCCCUGUUACAGCAGCUGCUGUACGGACUUGCCUAUAACAGCUGGCUCAACACAGACGAUGUCAUGGCGGAGGGCAUGGACUCCAGGGAGACGAGCUGCAUCACCAAGCAGACGCAGUUCUACUUCACCAACACCACCAGCAUCUACAACGGCUUCCUGGACUGUGGGAACUGCUCCAGGCUCUUUCAUGCCAAGAGGAUCAACAGCACCAACCUGCUGUUCGUGGUGGCGGAGAAGAUGGUGUGCAGCCCGUGCGUUGUGGAGAAGCUGUCCCAGGCCGAGACGCGGUCGAAAGGGCCGGAGGAGUGCGAGCUCGUGACCACGCCCCGGUAUCGGAAAGGACCUUCCACCUGCUUCGACUACAACACCUUGGAGAACACCUCGGACUGUGGCCGGGGCCACUCCUUCAGGCCGUCGAUAGGAGUGCUGCUGGCUCUCCAGCUGCUGCUGUUCCACCUGGCUGCCUCCCCCCGCCUCCUGCCCCUCGCCCCCGCCCUUUAACUGCCCUCCCCACACCCCCACGGCUCUCCCCUUCCUACCCCCCAAGUCGGUCCCUGGUUGUCGUGGUGACGGGGACUUCCUGCUCCCCCCCUCCCCAUGUCUUUUCCUUUGUCUUUUCCUUCCCGGAAGCCCUGCAGCACUGUCCCCGUCCCUCUCGACUCCUGCUCCCACAACUCUCUGGGCCACGUAGCCCGCUGAACAUUUCCACGCCGGAGAGGUGCUCCUUUCCUUUCACCUUUCGGAGACGGGAACUACCGCAUCGACGCCAGCGUGGGAGGGAAACAACCCCCACGAAAGCUGGACGCCCUCUUGUACGCCUCCUGCUGUCGGCGACUUUAUCCAUCUCGUCUCUCUCCAUCGCUCACCCGCGACCGGCGGGGGCGAGGGCAACACCGGCCAUUCCCAUUCUCAUCCCUUCUGGACCUUCCUCGAGUUUUCCAGGAUUUUUCUGUCUUUGUGUCCAAUAGGAGUCUUUGUACCAUUCACUUGUGUGUACAGGAAAAAAUAUAUGACAACAAAUAGGUAUACAACAAGACAAAUACAACUCAAACCCUAAUGUCCGUGUGUAGGAUAUGAUUUGAAGGGGAAAUAGUAGAAUUUAUUUAUUAACAUCAGUUUGUUUAUGCACUAUUAUCUACUUCUUGCCAAAAUGAGAUAGUUUUUUCAUGUGAUCUUAAUUUUUUUAUAUAUAUAUAUAGCCAAAACAGAGAGAGAGGGACAGAGAAAUCUCAAAAUGAAUUGGCACUCCAUUCAGGCGACUGAUUGUCUCCAAGUUACGACCCUGUCAGUGUGGGCUAUUUGUAGUUUUUACCCAAGGGACAUCUUACUGUGCACAGAUCUGAGUGCUUUUACACAAUCGUUUAGGGUUCUGGAGAUCUAUAUGCUUCCUUCUGGCAGCUUGCCUGUUGGAGGGUUUUUUUUUUUUCUCAUUCUGUUUGUCGCAUCGCAUUUAGUUUUGGCUUGAUCUUCAAUAUGAGCUGUAGCCCUGAGGCGUUCACUGCUGUGUUCAGUUCACGUUACCUUUCUUCACAAGUGACCCAACCCUCCUGGAACCAGCAGGCAGAGGUCUCAGUUAAAUGAGUCAUGGCCAGCAACGGAUUGCGUAGUUCAGCUGGGACCCGUCCGCCAUGUCCAGGCGUAGGUGCUCUCGUACCUGAGGCACCUACCACCUUCCAGUGGCGGUGCACCAGAAGGCCAGUCUGCCCUGGAAGAGUCAUUUAGUCUGUUUUAUUUACAAUAGCUGUGCAGCACUUUGCCAAUAGCGAGCUUCACGGGAUUAUACCGUUAACAACAAUGCAUCCGCGUGGGCAAAGAGCAGGGGGCACCACCUCCCAGUGCGAGGAAAUACACCCCCAAGUGCUCCCGGCGUCUCGUGCGACUGUGAGUCUUGUCCACCGAAGUGUUCGUUGCCGUCGGAGCUCUGCGGCGUUUCUCUGCUGCUCGGUCGGUCUCUGCUUCUUCGCGCUGCUGGGUCGUCGUGGAAAUAACACCUUGCCUGUUUCUUUGAAUGACGGAAGAUUGUCGCGGCUUUGGCACAGAACAAAAAGCUCCGCUUGGCACGAUGGGGUAGCGCUGUGGGAGUCUGACUUAGCAGUCUGUCGCCAGGUGUCAUCUCCCACGCUGAGAAAACAUCCAUUGGGAUGACCGUUAAUAAUGACACAAAUAUUAAAUCAGGGGUUCUCAACCUGUGGGGUGCGUGUCACUGGGCGGCAUAUAACGAUCCACAGGAGUGUGCAAGAGUUUUUUUAUAUAUAUACUGUAGCUACUGUAGUUCAAAACAAGUACCAAAGUUUUCCAACUGUAAGGCAGCAUUUUUUUUUAAGUAGAGACAUGAUUUGCCUUCUAAUUGAGAUUCUUCUGAUAUUCUGAGCUUUCGGUGAUCGGGAAAUAAGCAGAGCCGCAGACCUCUGCAUUGUGCUCUUUCUCCCAGAGAGCCCCACAUCUUUCAAACUUUCUGCAGCUGUGCAGCAUCAGAGCUCGCACUGGUAAUGUUGGCGAACUCUCAAAUAAACCGCAGUUCAGGUGUGAAUUUAGAUUAUUACCUUCAAUCGGUUUCACUGCUUUUUAAAGCAGAAAAUAUUUUAAAAUGAUGUAUGAUUAAGUUCCGAAAUAGCAACUGAAAUAAAAAACAUUUUUUGAAUAAGAUUAUUAGCUCACGUGCCAAUAGGUGGCCUAUGGUUUUGUGUUAACUAACAGGGGGCAUUGUGUUUCAGAGGUUGAGAACCACUGUCAUAAAGUCUCCUUGGCCCCCUCUCGCUGCGCUGAGGCUGCACACAUCUGUUUCUAAAUACCUUCUAAGGACACACACAUGUCACAGGCCAGAGGCAGCCAUUUGGUAGUCAGUAGCUAGUUGAUCCCAGGAUCCCAUUCAGUUGUUUUCACUCUGAAACACCAGCUGCGUAGCCAGCAAUCGGCCGGCGUCCACUCACACUGGGGAUUUCUCGGAGCUUCAGUCAGCCUGGGACCCAAGUAAAAUGAAGGCGCCUCGUGUUUAAGCAGGACUGGGGAGUCCCAGUGGGGUACGAGAUAGAUAAACCGCCGGGGUGGGAGGGGGCUCACCCACAUGGGCCCCACUUCAGGCCUGUCUGCUUGGCGACGAGUCCCAAGUCUGGGGGCCGUCGGAGGAAACCCACAAGGCCUUCCUCUCUGAACACGCUGUUGGUUUUUAGAAAACGAAAUGAAGAAUCGGCAGUAGCACAGCUGGUAAUAUCGAGGAGUUCCGCAAAUAGGAGAGGUGGUUCCGAUCCGGGCCGAAACGAAACGAAACGAGCGACCGAACCCUCUCGUUGCGGACAAUAACGUUUCGUGUUUUCCACGUCGCGCGUAGGCCAUGGCCUGCGUCUCGAUGGCGGGGGUGCCGUCCCGGGACGGUCGCGGCCUGUAGGUGCACCGAGACGUGCAGAGACGCUUGAAAAACGUCCGUACGCUUCCAGGCAGCCAGCGGGAUUCUCGUGUCGAGGAGCUACAAAACUGUGCCGUGAUGCGGGACACUAGGGGGCCUGUACAGGUACAGCGUUCAGUAUCCACAAUUCCCAGCGCAGCGCCUCCGGAAACAGGUGAACGGGAGGGCGUCGGCGCGUUUGGCUGCCGGUGGCUGACGGGGGUGGGGCUCGGCUCCGGCGGCGUGGCCGGACAGCGCGUUCCACGCUCCUGCCUCCCUUCAUGUCAAGAAGUGCCUCCUGUACCCGUCUCAGAAACACGCCCCCUUAGUUUCUCCCCGUAUCGGUUCUGAUCCAGAAGCGCUCGAGCAGGCUGUCUGUGUCCUCUCGAACGUCCCCAGUGUUUAAGACCCCAGAGAUUGGAUUUUCUUUAGCCUCCUAAGGGCUAAAGAAGGUGUAGGGUCUUCUUUCGGACCCUCAGAAUGAUUCUGGCUCCUCUUCACAGGGCGUGUUUUAGUGGAAGAACUGUUGGAUUGCUAGGUGAAACAGGAGCUGGUGGAGACAGAGGAUCAGAGAAUGGGCAGUGCAGGGUUCAUGCAGGGAACUCGAACCCCAGUUCAGCAGAGCUCCAAUCCAUAGGUUUUGUUGGUCCCUAUGAAAUCAUCGCUCUCUCGUGAUCAGGAACAAUUCCUUUGUGAUCAAGUUAGACAGGUGAUUUAUUAAAUUUAGCAACAAAAUGAGGCACCUUUAUAAUGUAAUUCUGAGGUCUUUUUAGUGCUCAAGGACUAGAGCUCUCUUAACUGAUCAGCAGUUUCCAGGUGUUGUCAAGCUUUAGAUACAGGUGACCUACAGGACCGAGUCUGGAGACCCCUGCUCUAAAGACUGCACUCAGCCCAAACUCCGGGCCGUGGGGGUCAGGAUGUACUCCCUCAGCUGCUUAACCAAGUCGGAACUUUGGCGAAAGAGAUCAGAUGGGGAAACUGUGAGGUGCUCAGCAAGUGGGGAUUCAAGGAGGCCCACAGCCCUUGUGUGGAAUCACAGCGCCCCACAGGUGCCGGAUCUGAGAAACUGAAAGUCGCCCCAAAACGAUGACCUUCACCGGCGAGACACGUGGCGUCUUGCCGAGACUUCGAGAGAGAGAGAGAGAGGGGGAGCUUGAGAACGAGGUCCUACUCCUGCACAGCUGGACACCUCAGGUCUAGAAGAUCCCAGCUGACCCUGCUGCUUGGAAUAGUUCAGUGCAAUACAGAGAAGGCUUUCCUCCACAGCACGCUGGUCUGCAGCCCGAGACGUGAAUCAUUGGCAGAAUGCAAACUCGUCAGUUUUCCUCGGAGGACUUUUGGAAACACAAAGAAAAGCACAGUAUGAGUGAAUGUUCCCUUGCAGCUUCAGAAUCCUGGAUCGCAAUUUUUUUUUUGUUUUUUUUUCCGGGGAAAGGGGGUGGGGGGAGAAAGUAACUUUAGGAGUGUCCGCGCACACACUGCCCUCUGUAUGUUUACAUUCAAAUUUAAAGAAGAGCUAAUUGUCCGCCAGGUUUCCUCUGGGGCUGGCAAGUGGCGCUGUCCCAGGCGUGACCAGGACGCGAGUCCCACGUUUAGGAAGGGGGACCCUGGUACCAGAGCCUUCCCAGUCCUGCCCAUCGGCUCAGAAAGAUGGCUCCUUUUCGCUGUAGCCCAGCCUCCCCGCCCCGCUGCGACUGGGAGCACGUCCUUGCCCACCUGCAGGAAAACGGCCGGCCGCCAUCCUUCUCUUCCUCUUCCCUCUCCUGGGACGAGCCGCGACCCUCCACGGCCGGCGCGAGGAACGGAACGCCGGCGGUCUCCGUCGCCCCACACGGACGCAGUUCCCUCCUGGUUGGAAACGGGGGGGGGGUUGUGCACUCCUCCGUCCCGAGCCUCCGGCGGCGAAUUUCCGAGUCUGGGGGGGGGGGCCACAGGAGGGUAGCGCAGGACACGCCCGAAAGCGACCGCCCCCCUCUUCUCCCCGAAGACUGCUUUCGGGACGCCUGUGUCCAUGCCUGCGGCCUGCUGGGAGCCCGAUCGGCCGCACGGCUGACCAAGGGUCAAAGGUUAAGCCAAGGAAUUUUUGUGUUCGUUUCUCCCCAGGCUCGGCGAGCAGCCAGCUGCGUUGCAGGGUGUCAAGUCCCAUUUAAAGUCUCGAUGGAGGUGCUGGGAGUUGUACAGGUCCAUAUAUACAGUAUAUACUUGUGUGUGUCGAAAUAUUCAUCCUCACUGAUCACAGCCACGAGCUGGAGGGGGCCCUCGGAGCCUGUUCUGCUCCUGGAGGGAGGGGGUGGGAUUGGGACUCGGGAGUUUUGUGGGACGAGGAAUGCUUUCCUCUUGCCAAAAGUGUUCCAGCCCAACAUGGUGGGAGGGGUGGUGGGGUUCGGGGGGGUCAUUCUCCUUCACCGUUUCUGUGUAGGUGCGUCUUUCGAGAAAGCCUGUGACUCAGACCGAGCGUGUAUGUGAUUCUGUAGUCUGUAGUUUGGUGCUAUGUGACGAUGUUUGACAAAAAGUGUAAAAUGGAAAAAAAUCAUUAACGAAACGAGAAUUCAGCUUUUAUGAGGAAAAAAAAAAGCACUACCGAUUAAUCAUAUGUUUUAAUCUGAAAUCGAAGCGAUUUUUUUUUUUUUUGUCUGUCUGUUCGGGGUUUGCCUGUUCGCUGCUGGUGACCAUGUUCGUGAGGAAACGCAGCUCAUGUCGUCUGAGAAGCUUGGUUCCCCCAUCGCUCCAUUCUUUUUUGUACAGACUUAAGAAGAAGAACACAAAAAAUAGACGCAAAAGGCAAAAUUUGUAAAAUAUCGUUGUCUGUGACUCCUUGUAAAAUAUUUUCAAAUUGUUUAUUACAGAGAAUCAGUUAUUAAAUAAUGUUCAUAUUUUUCACUUCAGACCUGAGCUGGCGAGUGGUUUGUGUGGUCUUGACUGUUCUUGUCUCUGAAGGGAUCGCGCAGCUCAUUCUCCGGUUCAGCUCCGACGCUCUCCAGCACUCGCAGAACUAAGAGUACCAUUCCAAUUCUUUAAUGCCCAGCAUGGCUACUUUUCUUGAAUUUGUCUGCCCCUUGAUAUCUGGGAGUUCCCCUCCCUUCACCCUUUCCCCCUUAUCAUUAACCUGCAAGAAAAGGAGCUGAAAAAACCCCUAAGUGUCCCUACAGGACUAGGUUUCAGGACCACUGCUUUCAACACUUUUGCUGCUGCCAGCCAGUACAACAGUUGCACAAAUAAAAAUAAAAAAAUCCUUUGCACUUCUGCAUGCAUUCACUGCGCUACGGACUCUAACUUCUUCUGCCACCAAACUCUCUGUUCCCUUUGCCGGGGUCAGUUCAUCCCUCUGGCCCUGCUGCG